AUGUCAUCCACAGAGCCUUCCCAGAAUAAAACCUGGGAGCUCUCCCUGUAUGAGCUUCACCGAACACCGCAGGAGGUCAUUACGGACGCCACUGAAAUCGCGGUGUCCCCCCGCAGUUUACAUAGUGAAUUGAUGUGUCCAAUUUGCUUAGACAUGCUCAAAAAAACCAUGACUACAAAAGAAUGCCUCCACAGAUUCUGUAACGAUUGUAUUAUAACUGCCCUUCGUUCGGGCAAUAAAGAAUGUCCUACAUGUCGAAAGAAGUUGGUGUCCAAACGGUCCCUGAGGCCUGACCCUAACUUUGAUUUGUUGAUCUCAAAGAUAUACCCCAGCAGAGACGAGUACGAAGCUCAUCAGGAGCGUUUGUUGACUAAGCUGAGUAUGUCGCACUCGCAGGCGUCGCUAGUGAACUCUAUUACUGAGGGAAUAAAGUUGCAAUCUCAAAAUAGGCCUCAAAGAUCUAGAAAGAAUCACGAGGAAAAUAGUAAUACGUCUAACUCGAAUGGUAACACGGAAAAUGCUCAAAAUGGUAGUUCAGGAACAGCUCCGGCUGCUCCCAAAGAUGGAUCCUCGUCAAUGAGCAACCCGAACCCUUCAGGCCAGUCCACUUCCAACCCCGCGAGUGUGAGGAGCACUCCAUCUCCGGUGCCUUCCAAUAUCAGCUCCGUGUCAAAAAACACAAGCACCACUAAAAGAGCCAAGUCUAUUUUAACAUCAGAGCGCAGUGAGGAGAGUGAAUCUAGUGAUGGCAGAACUGAAGGAGAGAACUCAAUGGAUACAGAAGGAGAGGGUGAGCCUCUGAACCCUAAUGAAAUAGAGCUGGUCUUCAAGCCACAUCCCACUGAAAUGACGGGAGACAACCAACUGAUGCGAGCUCUCCGAGACAGCUCAGUGAGAUACUUGAAGACUACUGCCAAUGCAUCUGUGGACCACCUAAGCAAGUAUUUGGCGAUGCGUCUCACCCUCGACUUGGAUGCAGAACUGCCAGAGGCGUAUCGUUUGCUUAACUUCUGUAUUUAUGUUGCCCCGGCACCCGGUCAGUUUGUGCCAUUGGCCGGCUCACAGACUCUACGCCAGAUCAAUGAUAAAUUCUGGAAGGUAAACAAACCUCUGGAAAUGUACUACUCCUGGAAGAAAACUUAG